AUGCAACAAAUUGUUAAUAAUGAAGAAAUAGAAAAUUUAGAUUUAACCAAAAUUGCUGCUUUACAGCAAAAGCGGACACUGGCAUUUGUCAAUCAUUUUAUAAUCACAACUGUGCAAUUCUUGAAUACCUUCUCAAAAACAUGUGAAAAUAAGCUUAAGCAGUUUGAAGAGAAGCUGGAGAAGGUUGAUGCUGCCAUGAUCUUGUUGGAAGCGAGGCUAUCUUCAAUCCCAGAAGUUAAUGAUGUGAGUAAAACAGAUGUAAAGGAGGAAAUAUGUGAUAGUUCUCAAGAAAAACCCGAGGAUUUAGAAGAAUGUAGUGUGAAUGAAACAAUUUUAAAUACAGAAGAUAAAAAACAGGACACUGAAGGCUCCGAUGUCAAUCAUACCAUACAAGCGAAACCUGAAUAUUAUAGAUUUAUAAAAAUGAUACAAGUGGGGGUGCCUUUGGGAGCUGUUAAAUUAAAAGUAUCUUUGGAAGGAUUGGAUCCUAAACAGCUUGACAGUUUGUUAAAAAAG